UUCAAAGACUUGCUGCAGGUAGAAAAGCACCUUGGGCAGGUGUGGACUGCGGAGUGGCCGGCACAGCGCCUGGAGGAGGCGGCCAGGGCUGGCUUGUGGAAAAUCCUGAAGAUGGCCAAAGAUGACUCCACCGUUCGUUGCUUCCAGGGCCUGCUGAUUUUUGGAAAUGUGAUUAUUGGUAUGUGUGGCAUCGCCCUGACCGCAGAGUGCAUCUUCUUUGUGUCUGACCAGAACAGCCUCUACCCACUGCUUGAAGCCACCAACAACGAUGACAUCUAUGGGGCUGCCUGGAUCGGCAUGUUUGUCGGCAUCUGCCUCUUCUGUCUGUCCGUUCUAGGCAUUGUAGGCAUCAUGAAGUCCAGCAGGAAAAUCCUUCUGGUGUAUUUCAUUCUGAUGUUUAUAGUAUAUGGCUUUGAAGUGGCAUCUUGUAUCACAGCAGCGACACAAAGAGACUUUUUCACACCCAACCUCUUCCUGAAGCAGAUGCUAGAGAGGUACCAAAACAACAGCCCUCCAAACAAUGACGAUCAAUGGAAAAACAAUGGAGUCACCAAAACUUGGGACAGGCUCAUGCUCCAGGACAAUUGCUGUGGUGUAAAUGGUCCAUCAGAUUGGCAAAAAUAUACGUCUGCCUUCCGGACUGAGAAUAAUGAUGCCGACUACCCCUGGCCUCGCCAGUGCUGUGUUAUGAACAAUCUUAAAGAACCUCUCAACCUAGAGGCUUGCAAACUAGGAGUGCCUGGCUAUUAUCACAGUCAGGGCUGCUAUGAACUGAUCUCUGGACCAAUGAACCGACAUGCCUGGGGGGUUGCCUGGUUUGGGUUUGCCAUUCUCUGCUGGACUUUUUGGGUUCUCCUGGGUACCAUGUUCUUCUGGAGCAGAAUUGAAUAUUAAGUGUUGCCACCAUACCUCCUUCCUCUAGUGACUCUGGAUUUGGUGCUGGAACCAGCUGUCUCCUAAUAUCCCACAUUUGCGCUCCACAGUAACACGUGCAUGUCUUACUCAAAUUGCCAGGUCAGGUGGUGUGGAGUUUCUUUAGCCUUUCAGGCUCCUGAAAUUCUCACGACUAGUACUUUUCAUCCUGGUCUAGGGUUCUGCAACAUUUUUAUAGAUUGUAGGAAAGAGAGAAUUUGGAAAGUAGAUAGUAACUUCUCCUAUCUCUGCUUAUUUUGAAUUUGGGAGUAUAAGGACUUCAAAGAAACCUGUGUUAUCACAAUAAGCUAGGACUGUGUUUUGAUAGCACAUCCCCCUGUAUUUCUCACUGUUUUCUAAAAGAAACCUUCCAAGGAUUCCCUUUAUCUCAGUAUUGUUGCAGCGGGAGGGAGGGGGGAAGUAAGGAAAAGAUUGCUGAAAUACAUCUUUUGCAUUCUAUGGUGACUCCCAUCUACAGAGACUUGGGUGAUUCUCCUGAUACCACCUUCAGAUCCUUAUAUUCUCCAGAACAAUCCUCAAUCUUGAGUUAAUAAUGGUUCAAAUUUCCUGUCACACCUUGCAGAGGGAUACCUGCUCAGUAGCCUCAAUUCUCCAUUAAUGAAAAGUGUGGAGAAUUUGGGGGACAAAGAAGGGGCUUGCUGUAUAUUUGCUCAGUCCUUGCCCUGAAUGGUCUCAACGUAAAACACCUUUCAGACAGGCGAGAAGCAAGCCAGCCAAUAGAAUGGGGAUUUUUGUUUACUGUCAAAGUAUUUCUCUUCUGAACUAUGUUUCCAUUUGUGUUCCUGAAGGAAGUUCUUAUAACUCAAUAUUUGUUUGUCUAGUCUUACAAAUAAAGAGGGCUUUAAUAUC